AUGUCCUCACAUAUUUCAUUUCAAGAUGAAGAUUUAAACAAUCAAGUCGAAAUUAAAGAAUCGGAUGAGUUAUUAGAUGGAAAUGGUAGUUUAAAAAAUAGGGGUUGGUCAAGACAACCAUGUUUAAAAUAUAACCCAGGUUCACUUUCAAGAUUUAGAAAAGCAUACAGAUUGAAAGAAUGGAAUUAUUACUCUAUAGGUUCUAAGAAUUUUUAUUUUGCUGUUGCUGCAAUAGAUUUGGGCUAUGUAAACAACUAUCAAACAUUUUUCAUUGACUUUACAGAGGAUUUAGAAAUGAAAAAUAAUGGCACAUCAACUUCAUCCUCAUCGCCAUCAUCUUCACAAUCAAAGAAAAACAACUAUAUAAUGGAUGAUGUUUUAUCAACUGCAGCACUUACCAAGGGUUUAUGUUUACCAGCAGAUAGUUGCCAAAGUGGUAUUCAUACUAAAUAUGAAUCUAAAAAUUUUAGAAUAGAGUUUACUGUUGAUGAUCAAUCUAAACAUCAUAUUAAAAUAAAUAGUAAAAAGAUUAAUUUAAAUGGUGAUUUAGUGUUUGAUCUUAACCCACAAAGAGAAUCUGUUGUUUUGGUAACACCAAUCGGAAAGGAUAACUUUUAUUACAACAGAAAAACAAAUCUAAUUCCUGUUAGUGGUACCCUUACUGUAGAUGGUAAAGAAAUGAUAACUCCUGAAAAUGAUUGCCAUGGUAUUAUGGAUUGGGGCAGAGGUUGUUGGGACUAUAAUAGCUUUUGGUUAUGGAGCUCUGCUUGGGGAAGAACUAAAGAUAAAAACACUCCAAUAGGUUUAAAUUUUGGCUCUGGUUUUGGUAAUCUUUCAACUCACACUGAAAAUGCUAUAAAUCUAGAUGGGGUAAUUCAUAAAUUAGGUCAUGUAGAUAUUCAAUAUAACGAAGAUAAUCUUUUAGAGCCUUGGAAAUUCACUUGCAAACAUGGUAGAUUUGGCGAAAACCCACUUAUUUUCACUCCAUUCAAAAAGAAAUUUGAUAAUAAUAAUUUUGGUAUUGUAAUGUCAAAUUUUCAUCAAAUACUUGGUAAAUUUACUGGCGAAAUAUUACUUGAUAACGGUGAAAGAGUUGAAAUAGAUAUAAUUGGGUUUACAGAAGUUCAUAAAGCCAGAUGGUAAAACAAUAAUAACAAAAAGCAAUCACCACAAAUAAAAAUAAAAGACAACUCCACAACACAACAAAAAAAAAAAAACAACGCUCACACAAAUACAAUACACACAAGCAAUUAUUUAUUAAAAAUUUUAAAUUUUAUAUUUAAAAUGCAUGACCAAAAUUUUAUUUUUCACAAAUAAAAAAUUUAAAAAAAAACCUUUUUUAUUUUAUUUUUCU